AUGGCCACAAUUGUCAUUUGUUCAGUCAAAAAAACGGCUCAAACCACCGCGAGACGAUGUUUGAGUUCAAAUUUAAAGGGGCUUGCUAGUUCAGCAGUGUCACCCUUGCCGUUAACCUGCACUCAUAGCCCUCCAGUAAGACUCCUUCCGGGUACAAGAUGGUUUUCCAGGGGUUCCAGCGUACGCUUCAUGUCCCAUGGGACCGCAGGCAGAGCCGGAGCUGGGCGAACCAGGAGGGGAGCCCUGGCGCUCAGUGGAGCUGCAGCAGUAACAGCAGCUGCGGCAAUAGCAGGGUUUUUGGCCAAUGCUAACCACUUCCAAUGUGCUGAAAUGGCAACGAAAGUAUCCCAAGCUGUUGAGGAGAAUGAGCCAGAGCUGGAUAUCUUGCAGAGAUGCCGGGGGUUCAUGUCUCAUCCAGUGACCGACAUCGGUGUACUGCAGGAGAGGAAAGGGGAGAUGCUUACGAAGAUGGAGAUGUUGAUCAUGAAGACGCAAGCCGAUUUCUGCAAUGCCCUGCAGGAGGUGGACGGUGGGACGUUCAAGGUGGACCGGUGGCAGAGGACUGAAGGUGGUGGAGGAAUCAGCUGUGUGAUGCAGGGUGGUAAGGUAUUUGAGAAGGCAGGGGUCAAUGUGUCGGUGGUGUUUGGAAACCUGACCGAGGAGGCCGCCAGACAGAUGAAGAGCAGAGGGAAAGUCCUCAAAGGAAAAGAUGGCAAGCUACCCUUUUGUGCCAUGGGUGUGAGCUCUGUUAUCCACCCCAAGAACCCCCACAUCCCCACAGUACACUUCAACUACAGAUACUUUGAGAUCGAAGAGGAAGAUGGCUCUAAGCAGUGGUGGUUUGGUGGAGGCACAGACCUGACUCCAGUUUAUGUUAAUAAAGAAGAUGGGUUUCACUUCCACAACACCCUGAAGGAGGCCUGUGACAAGCACCACUCGCAGUACUACCCCGACUUUAAGAAAUGGUGUGACAGAUAUUUCUACAUCCGGCACAGAGGAGAGACUCGGGGUAUAGGAGGGAUCUUCUUCGACGAUCUGGACUCCCCAAGUCAGGAGGAGGCUUUCAACUUUGUCAAGAGCUGUGCCCACACCGUGGUGCCCUGUUACCUGCCCAUCGUAUACAAACACCUCAACGACUCCUUUACUGAUGAGGAGAAGGACUGGCAGCAGGUACGUCGAGGAAGAUAUGUGGAGUUCAACCUGGUAUACGACAGAGGAGUGAAGUUUGGCUUGGCCACGCCCGGCUCCAGAAUUGAGAGCAUUCUCAUGUCCCUCCCCCUCACUGCCAGGUGGGAGUACAUGCAUGAGCCUGCCAAAGGUACCCUGGAGGCUGAGAUGCUGGAGGCGUUACGAAACCCCAAGGAGUGGGUGUAACUACCGUGUCCCCAGGUUUACGUGUCUGUGAUGUGUUUUAUAAUGCUGGACCGGUUUGACGAGCGCAGCAGUUAACACACUUUACCAAAAUAAUAUCACAUUGCUCUUGUCUGACAUGUUUUAACCUGCGAUGGUACUUUUCUCUCUUUCCUUUUUGCUAUGUUUUGUCAAAUCAGCCUUGUUAACACUGAAUCACAUUGGGAUCACAUUACUAUACUUGUACCUGCUUCUAGGUCAUCUCACAUUGAUGAUGUGCUCCUUUUUUAAGAAGUGUUUGUGUCAAAGUGUUUUUUUCUAUGCCCAGGCUAAAUGUGGCUUGCUCUACUUGGAAGCUCUUGAGCUUUACUCAACUUAAACAAAGCACGAAAAGGGAAAAAUGGGGACACACUGAGCCUCUGCAUGUAUGUGUGUGCCACCACUGGUAUCAAAUGUUAAGAAAUCUGUUUUUGUUUUUUUUAUGUUUCAGUGCAUCUGCUCAAAACAAUGGGUUAUUUUUGACAAUCAAAGCUAAGCAAUUACUUUCAGUAUAAUGGACUGAUUCCUCUUGAGCCCCAUGUACGUUGCGGUUGGACGUUCACUGGUGGUCAAUGAGUCACUUCCUGGUUUGUUUGAAGAGUAGUAAAACAAUAGUUGGAUGUUGGAUCAUGUUCCACAGAGAGGAUAUUAGUGAAAUCACAGUCCAGGUGGCUAAUUGAAAGAAGAAGAAUGUUGGAAAAACAAAAUGUCAUUUGUAAAAAUAAUUUAUUGCUAAAAUGUAUAAUAAAUUGUUUGUUCUGUUACCUUUCAAGGAU